CCGCCCGCCCGCCCUCAGGGAGGGCUCGGGAGCUGGUCAUUAGCCACACCGCAGCCCGGGGUCCGGACCGGCAUGAGGACCGCCGCGGGGGGACGUCGGCGCUGGGGACAAAGAAACCAUGCAGUGACACCUGCUAAGACUCGUUGGUAGCCAUGUCGGAGCCCCACAGGGUCCAGUUCACCUCUCUCCCAGGUUCUCUGAAUCCUGCAUUUUUGAAGAAGUCCCGAAAAGAGGAGGUUGGAGGAACAGAACAGCAUCAGGAUUGUGAGCCAGCAGCAGCAGCUGUUCGAAUUACACUCACUCUCUUUGAGCCAGAUCAUAAACGCUGUCCAGAGUUCUUCUAUCCAGAGCUGGUGAAGAAUAUACGUGGGAAGGUGAAAGGCCUUCAACCUGGAGACAAGAAAAAAGAUCUCUCAGAUCCAUUCAAUGAUGAAGAAAAGGAAAGGCACAAAGUGGAGGCUCUUGCACGGAAAUUUGAAGAAAAAUAUGGUGGAAAGAAACGUAGAAAAGACCGCAUACAGGACUUGAUUGAUAUGGGGUAUGGUUAUGAUGAAUCUGAUUCCUUCAUCGAUAACUCUGAGGCGUAUGAUGAGCUUGUUCCUGCUUCUUUGACCACAAAGUAUGGAGGAUUUUAUAUUAACUCCGGAACCCUGCAGUUUAGACAAGCAUCUGAAUCUGAGGAUGACUUCAUUAAAGAAAAGAAGAAGAAAUCCCCAAAGAAGCGGAAGUUGAAGGAAGGUGGUGAGAAGAUAAAGAAGAAGAAAAAAGAUGACACUUAUGACAAGGAGAAGAAAUCGAAAAAGUCCAAGUUUUCCAAAGCCGGCUUUACAGCCCUCAAUGCCAGUAAAGAGAAGAAGAAGAAGAAGUAUUCUGGGGCCUUAAGUGUUAAAGAGAUGCUGAAGAAAUUUCAGAAGGAGAAAGAGGCUCAGAAAAAGAGGGAGGAGGAGCGUACCCCUGUAGCAGUCACGUCGGCAGAAGCUCAGAGCCUGAGGGAAUUGGAGGGCACCUCUGACCCCUUGCUCUCACUCUUCGGCUCCACUUCUGACAAUGACCUGCUCCAAGCUGCCACUGCCAUGGACUCGCUGACUGAUUUGGACUUGGAGCACCUGCUCAGUGAGUCUCCAGAAGGAAGCCCCUUCCGAGAUAUGGAUGAUGGAAGCGAUUCCAUUGGGGUGGGAUUGGACCAGGAAUUCAGGCAGCCCUCUUCCCUCCCUGAAGGCCUGCCAGUGCCCCUGGAGAAGCGCGUUAAGGAGCUGGCUCAGGCUGCCAGAGCUGCCGAGGGAGAGAGCAGACAGAAGUUCUUCACCCAGGAUAUUAAUGGCAUCCUACUAGACAUAGAGGUACAGACACGGGAGCUGAGUAGCCAAACUCGUUCUGGGGUAUAUGCCUAUCUUGCUUCAUUCCUGCCCUGCAGCAAGGAUGCUCUGGUCAAACGUGCCCGCAAACUUCACCUCUAUGAACAGGGUGGGCGCCUAAAGGAGCCUCUCCAGAAGCUCAAGGAAGCCAUUGGCAGGGCGAUGCCUGAGCAGGUGGCCAAGUACCAGGACGAAUGCCAGGCACACACGCAAGCAAAGGUUGCUAAGAUGCUGGAAGAGGAGAAGGACAAGGAGCAGAGAGAACGGAUUUGUUCUGAUGAGGAAGAAGAUGAAGAAAAGGGGGGCAGGAGGAUAAUGGGACCCCGGAAGAAAUUCCAGUGGAAUGAUGAAAUCAGGGAGCUUCUGUGCCAGGUGGUGAAGAUCAAACUGGAGAGCUAUGAUCUGGAGAGGAACAACAAGGCCCAAGCUUGGGAGGACUGUGUGAAGGCCUUUCUGGAUGCCGAGGUCAAGCCUCUCUGGCCCAAGGGCUGGAUGCAGGCCAGGACUCUGUUCAAGGAGAGCCGAAGAGGCCACGGGCACCUGACGUCAAUCCUGGCCAAGAAGAAAGUAAUGGCUCCUUCUAAAAUCAAGGUGAAGGAAUCGUCCACUAAGCCUGAUAGGAAGGUUUCCAUCCCAUCAGGACAGAUUGGCGGCCCCACUGCUUUGUCCUCAGAACACCAGGGAGGAGGUCUGAGCAUUGGGGCCACCAGCCGGGAGCUCCUGUCCCAGGUGUCUGGUGGCCUUGCUGAUCCUGCUUCUGUCAAUCUGGAGGACUCCUUGGAUGAAGACUUGGUCCGGAAUCCCGCCUCCUCGGUGGAAGCUGUGUCUAAGGAGCUGACCGUGCUGAAUAGCAGAGCAGCUGGAAGCUCUGAAUUCACACUGCCUGCAACCUCCAAAGCACCGGCAGAGAGAGUCACGGGUGCUUUGUGCACAGAAGAGAAAAGGAACUUUGUUAAGCCCAACCCUUCUGUACCCCCACCUGCUAGCACUCUGCAGUCACCCCUUAAUUUUCUGGCUGAACAGGCUCUAGCACUGGGGCAGUCCUCUCAGGAGAAAAAGCCAGAGAGUUGUGGCUAUAAAGAGCUGUCCUGCCAGCCUCCCCUCAGCAAGGGCCUGCCUGAAGUGCACACGGCCAAAGCAAAGCACCACAGCCUGCCACGGACGCCUCAUGGGCCCCAGACCACGACUCCUGCGCCUGGCCCCCAAGUCAAAGUCUUUCAUGCAGGCACUCAGCAGCAGAAAAGUUUCAAUCCUCCAGCCCCAUUUGUCAACAAGCUGCAAGGCCCCAAGGCCUCCUCUUCCCAGUGUCAUCGUUCUCUCUUGCAGCUGGUAAAGACAGCAGCCAAAGGCCAGGGCUUUCAUCCCUCCACACCAACCUCCUCAGGAGGCCCACCUGCCAUCAGCAGCAGCUCUCAUAAGACUCCAGCCUCGUCAUCCAGUGCCCUGAGCCAUGCAACCAAACAACAUCCAGCCAUGUCUGCAGGGCCGUCAUACAAGAGUAACCCCUUUGCAGGCUCUGUCUCCAAACACGGAGCUUCUGGCAGCCCUUCUGGAGCAGGGCCAAUGCAGAGCUCUGUCUCUGGGAGCCUGCUCCCAAACAUACAGCCUCCCUCCACGGGGCAGCCUGCCAGCCGGCCCAUACCAAGCUCAGCAGUGAAAAAACCACCUGUUUCCCAGAAGCUGACUCUGGUGGCCCCUCCCGGUGGUCCAAAUGGAGAUUCUGGUGGUGGGACCCAGGGAGUGGCAAAGUUACUGACCUCCUCCCUGAAGCCUGCCGCGGUUAGUAGUGUGACACCGUCUACCUCCUUGCCAAAAGGAACAGGUGGGGCUGUGCUGCUGACCAGCUCCUCUCCCUUAAACCUGCUGUCUUCAUCUUACAAGUCCAGCAGCCCCAAGCUGCCUGGGGCAAUGAACUCUAACUCGCUGGGGAUCAUAGCUCCCGUCCCAUUCCCACUGCACGUGCUCUCCUUCAGUGCGGACUCCUCUGCCAAAGCAGGGGUCUCCAAGGAUGCCAUUGUCACAGGCCCAGCCCCUGGGACCUUCCACCAUGGCCUCAGUCACAGUCUUCUGGCUGGCUUGCAUUCCAGCCCGCCCCAUGCAGCACCUCUCCCACAUGCUGCCGUGUCCACCCAUGUCCCGCAGAGUCUGCCAGAUGCUUCUCAGCUUCACGGGAAAGGGCCUGGUGUACCACGGAAAUUGUGACUGUUUCAGAGGACAGGCUGAUUGACCUGGGUCUAGGUGGAAAUUGAACAUAUAGGUCUCAGAUCAUGGACAUCUGCUACACUCUUCCUGCCUACUGGUUUUCUUCUGGAGCAGACAUGGGUUCUGAGUAGAGUACUUGCUAGCACUUCUGAUGUGCCUCCAACUAAGAGAGCAGCUUGUGCUGCUCAUGAAGCACUUACUGACCUAGUGGUCUGGGCCUUGUGGCUUUGUUGCUGGAUGCUGUCAGGACAGCUCUGGGCUGGGGAACGUGCAAGGCCGUGUUGGGAAGCACGGUGUUCACAAGCUCCAGUGGCAGAUCUGUUGGUACAGCUUUAUUUUAGAUCUGCCCAACUCCUGGCAUUUGGUCUGAGCACCUCACAGCGCCCUACUGAUCAAGUGCUCCUUCUAGCCACAGUAGGAAUCCCUGGAUGGUCAUGGUGCUGUCCUACCCCCAGGCUGUGUGCUCAAGAGGACAAAUCCCAGGCCAGAGCCACAGGUGGGAGACCUACCUUUUGUCUCCUUGCAAAAUGCUAAGAACACCUAGUGUGUGCUCCUUGUAGAGGGCCAGGUUCUUCUCUGAACAUGACAAUGAAGCUCUUAUAGAGAAAAGACCUUUGUAGAUUCAACAGUUAUGGUAGGUUUUACAGACAUCUAUCUUGGGCUCAGUUUUCACCAUGACCAUUAAAUGCAUUGGAUUGAAUGGGGCUGCUCUUCACACAUCUCAUUAUAGGAAGACAUAAUUCCAGUGCCUUUAUGGUGGAGCAGAAUUUGGCAGCAUGUCCCUUCAGCGCCCUGCGUGGAUCUGAAAUGAAGAUCUUUUUAAAAGCUGUCUGUGUUUAAAACACAGUCAGUUUUACUUAGUUGAAGUUUCAUGGUUGCACAUCAUGACCUGUGCCGUCCUGACUUGAAGGUUGUCCGGACCCUGAAUCCUAGCUCCCAGGUUGAGCCAGGGCUCCCGUUUUGUUUUUCCAGAGUUGGUGCAGGUGCACUGCAGAGCCCCAGAGCCCUUGUGUCUGAGGGCUGAAGGGUUCUGAGUCACAGGUAGACAUUCCAGUUGUCUUAUUCUUAGAAAUUCUUCUUUGGCAGAGCUGCAGGAUAGGCCUCUGACGUGUCCGCCACAUUGAGCAGGCCUGGAAGUGCUGCGGUUCCCAGGCAGCAGGGUUCAUUGUUGACUUGGCGGAUGCACAGUGGGGCUGGAGACUGGGUUGAAGAUAGGCUAGGACAGUGACUGCAGAAUUCCCAUCACCAGGCUGGUCACACUUACCCACUGGCCAUCUCACAGGGGCUUGGAGGGCCCUUGCCUGGCCUGUGAGCUGCAACAUGGCGAGUCUGGCCAGCCGCCAGCCCAGUGAUUUGAGACGUGGAGAGUAACGAGCAUUCUCUGCAUGCACACCUGGGUGAAACAGGCCUGCUUUGGGCUCCUGCCUCCCAGGGUGCAGUGCUCAGCAACUCCCAGCUCCUGUGGAGGUGGCCACCUUCCAUCUCUGGGAGCAAGGCCUCUGAGCUGCUUGGCCCAGCCUCUGCCCUGACUCCUUUUGUGCGUGAGCGCCAGUCUGUUUCACACUGGGCCAUGUGGGUUCCUUUCCCCUUUAUUAUAGAUAUUUUUUGCAACUUGGAUCUCCAGUUUGUUUACAGAAUAGUCUUAGGUAGUAGCAAAAGAGCCAAAGAAGAGAUUUGUAUAGCUGAGCUCCAAGCCGAGCCGAGGCUGUCAGCAAAGGCUGAGCGGUGGGAACUCUCCAGGCUCCUCUGCCCAUGAACACCGGGCCCUGCCCCCCUUCGGUGCUCCCUCCUCCCCAUGUGCCAGAGCGUGCAGCUGGAGCAGGACGCCCUCAUCUUUAGGAAUCUAGUGAUGCCUCUUGCCUCAGGGAAAUGUUUCUUUGAUGGGGAGUUUAUGAGAUUUCUUUUUCUUGUUUAUGCUUUAUUUGUGGUAAUGAGAGAGUGAGUGACUUAAACAGCCAUGGCAAGGCAGAUCUGCAGCUGCAGUGGAGGGUGGGCGGAGCAUGCUCAGGGGGCCACAGGUUUCCUUGGCCGCCAAAAGUCUGAGCACUUACCAGGCGUGGCUGUUUCUAAGGUGUGAGAGGGGCUGUGGCUUUUGUGCAGCAACUAUGUUGGUGUUAGGAUGGUAUGAAAAUUGUUAAUCUUGUAUAAAGUAACUCAAUAAAUGGUUUCCAGGUUUCCAGAAUG